UGGAGAUGGGGGCGGGGCAGCCGGCGCAGGGCGCGAACCCCGGGCUGCAGGCCUUCGCUGCAAACUCUUCCCGGUGUCCUCUGAGGAGUCGGCUCCGUCAGUUAUAAGGGGAAGAUAAAAGGCUUUGGUUCAUCAGUUAUCUAGUCACAGAAAAACAUAUCAACCAGUGGUUGAAUUUCCAUCAAACAGGUUCAGCAGAGAAUGGAGAAGAUUCACUCCAGGUCUUUUAGGGAUGGUGUGGUUAAGAAACCUUGUUCCCCUAAGGCACUGCCUCUCAACAAGUCGUCUGCCCUCUCUGGGGUCCAGAGGGAGUUACCGCGAAGCUCUCCUGCCUCACACAAUUGGGCUCGAUACCGAUUAAGAGAACUGCGCAGCAGAUGUGUGGCCAGAAAGUUCUUGUAUUUGUGGAUUCGAGUGACAUUUGGAAGAGUAACUCCCUCUAGAGCCAGGUUUUUCCAUGAGCAGAGAAUACUACGGAAGGUCUUUGGAGAAUGGAGGGAAGAAUGGUGGGUCUCCCAAAGGGAAUGGAAACUCUGCGUUCGAGCUGACUGUCACUACAGAUACUACUUGUACAACCUGAUGUUCCACAACUGGAAGGCCUUUGUGCACCAGCAACAGGAGAUGAGGAAGGGGCUCCGCAGAGCUGAGCAUCAUGAUACAAAGCGGAAGAUGCGCCAAGCCUGGAAGUCCUGGUUGAUAUACAUGGUUGCUCGUAGGACCAAAUGUCACAUGCAGAACACUGCUCUAGAAUUUAGGCGACGGAGUGUCUUAUGUUCCUGGUGGAGCAAGUGGAGGUGGCGACUAGGACAAGCCCAUGCGGGCCACGCUCUCCACGCAGCGGCUGUGAAGCAUAGGGCCCUGAGCCUCCAGAUGCAGGUUUGGUCACGAUGGCAAGAACAGCUCCUAAAUACCCAGCGGGAAAGACGGAAAGUGGCCACUGCUGUGCGACACCAUCAGCGCUGGCAGAAGCAGAGGUCUUUGAAGGCGUGGCUUCAGUACCUCCACAUCCGCAGGCUGAAGAGGUGGCAGAACGAAAUGGCUGCACAAUUCCACCGUGUCACUGUGCUCCAGAUACAUUUCUGUGACUGGCAGUGGGCCUGGGAGUGGAGGCAGAGCCUUUCUGCCCACCAGGCCUUGGUGGAGAAGCUGGCCAAGAAGAUGGCUCUGAGGAGGGCCUUUGCACACUGGAAGCACUUCAUGCUGCUACAGGCAGAAGAGGCUGCCCAGCACGUGGCAGCAGAAGAACACCACCGGCACUACCUCCUGUAUUCUUGCUUUAGAGCCUUAAAAGACAAUGUGACCCAGGCCCGUCUCUGUCGAGUAAGAAGGAACCUUGCUCACCAGCUGCAUGACACCACGCUGCUUCGCAGGUUCUGGAGCCUCUGGCAGUCUCGAGUUGAGCAGAGGGAGGAGAGGGUGCAGCCGCCCUCACUGCAUGCAGCCCGGAGCCACUACAGGAUGACAGUCUUACAGAAGUGUGUCAGGGUAUGGUUACGAUAUGUGCACAAGAGAAGACGCCAGCAGUUACUGCAGGCCAGAGCCGAUGGUCAUUUCCAGCACAGAGCGCUGCCUGCUGCCUUCCAUAUGUGGUACAGACUCUGGCGAUGGCACCAUCACAGUCAAGUCCUCCACACAAGAGCAGUGCGUUUUCACAGGGAGACAUUAUCAAGGCAAGUGUUUGCUAUCUGGCGGCAGAAGAUGUACCAGCACCGAGAAAACCACUUGGCUGAGAGAAUGGCUAUACUGCAGGCAGAGCAGCAGCUUUUGCGGAGGUCCUGGUUCAUGUGGCACCAGCAGGCAGCAGCAUGUCACCGAGAACGGGAGCAGCAAACUAUGGCCUGUGCCCACCACCACCACAGGCUGCUCAGGAGGGCUUUCUGUGUCUGGAAGGGAAGUGCCCAAGGACUUAGGACAGAGAGGAUGGGCAGGGCACGGGCUGCACACUUCCACUCAGCACGGCUCCUGCGUGGGGCCUGGAGCAUGUGGAGCGAGUGCUUGGCCCUGAGGACGGAAGAGCAGCAAAAGCUGGGGCGUGCAGCUCUCCACAGCCAGCACACCCUACUUCACAGGGCUCUGCGGAAGUGGCUGACUUACCACGACAGGGUGAGGCGUGUGCUACAGGAGGUGGCAGCCAGGGAGAGAGAGCAUGACAGGCAGCUGCUGAGGUGGGUGUUACGCCGUUGGAGGGAAAACACCAUGGCCUGUUUGGAUAUGGCCAAGAAAACCUCCCAAGCAAGAGCCCAGUACAACAGGACUCUGUGCUUCAAGGUCCUGGUGCAGUGGCGAGAGGUUACUUCAAUGCAGAUAUAUUACCGAGAAAAGGAGGCUGCUGCCCUCAGGGAGGCCCGGAAAGCACUGGGCAGGGGUCGUCUCCGUAACUGGUUUCGGCGCUGGCAGCUCUACAGCCAGAGGGAGGCCCAGCAGAGAUUCCAGCUGGGACAGGCAGCUCAGCAUCACCGCCGGCAGCGGCUGAUGGAAGCAAUGGCUCGGUGGAAGGCAUACCACUUAGGGUGUGUCAGGAAGAAGCGUAUGCAGAAGCAAAGUGCCCAAUUCCUGGCACAGAGACUUGGUCGGACCUGCUUCUGCCAGUGGAGGGAGCAGCUGGCAGCCAGGAAACAAGAGCAGCAGAGUACAGCCCGGGCCCUGUGGUUCUGGGCCUUCUCACUGCAGGCAAAGGUAUGGACUGCAUGGCUGGGCUUCAUAUUUGAGAGGAGGAGGAAGAAGGCACGGCUGGAACGAGCCGUGCAAGCCUACCACCAGCAGCUCCUGCAGGAGGGUGCUACACGGCUUCUGCGCUUUGCAUCUGGUAUGAAGGCCUCCCGACAGCAGCUACAGACCCAGCAGCAGGUCCAGGCAGCCCACAGCCUCCACUGUGCAGUCCGCCGCUGUGCAGAGCUCUGGAAAAGGAAGGCACUUGGUCCAGGCAGCUUGUCUCAGCCACCAGCACCCAUCGCAUUCAGCAGGAGAGUGACGUUUAAGGAUUCCAUUCUCUCUGGAGUUGCUGCUGAGGCUGGAGAUGCCACCCUGGAGACGAAGAAGUUGAGAGCUCCUCCCUCUCAGGGAACCCUGGGUAGCUUGGCAGUAGCUGCUGGGGACCCCUGCCCCCUAGAGCUCAAUGAGGCCCGCUUGUCACGGAAACAGCCACGGCGUCCAUCCUUCCUGCUUGAGCGUUUGCAGAGCCAGAGGUCCCCAGGCUGGUGCACCCUCAGGGAGCAGCAGUUAGAGAAUCCUCCAGAAAAGGCUCAAAAUAUGGCUCUGCCAAGAGGCCUUUCCCUGACGAGGCCUUUCCUUCCUGUGGUCCUGCCAAAUGCUCCUGGUUCAAAGCUGCCCCCUUCAGCAAGUGCAGGCCUGGAGCUGUUACCUCCUCCUUCCUUCGUGCCCCACGGGAUGGGAGACACUACCAGGGUGUCCGCAAAGCCCACCAUCCCUGGACCUCAGCCUCUGGCAUGCCCACCCCUACCCAAGGGGCCUAAGCUCCAUCUCUUCCUCCCUGGGGAUUUCACAAGCACCAGGAUUGGGCCUGAUUAUGGCUCAGAGGGUACAGUUGCUGAAGACCACACACAGCUUGAAGCUGAGCUGGAGGGGAUCCAGCAGCAGUUACAGCACUACCAGACCACCAAGCAGAACCUUCGGUCAUGCCAGCGACAAGCCCACAGCCUACGUAGAUGGCUGGAGCUAAGCCAGGAGGAGCCCGGGCCCGAGGACUGGGAUCUGGAACAGCAGGUGAAGAAAGAACUGGAGGAGGUGGAACUACAGAUCCAGCAGCUGUCUGAGGAGCUCCAGACCCAGCGACAGCCCGUCGGUACAUGCAUAGCUCGUGUUCGGGCCCUGAGACAGGCUCUGUGCUAGUGGGCUUGCCGCUGGGGGACAGGUGCUAUCCUUCACAAGGCCACAGACACCUCUUCCCAACAACAGAAUACAAAGCUACAAUGGUAUUGUUUUGUUUUAUUUCAAAAUGUCUUGCAAUUAAAUGAAUUACUGUUCAGAA